UCCCACCCAUGGCACGACCACCGACUGCCAGAAGUCUACUCUCCUUCCUUCCUUCCUCCCCGCCAGAAAGGUCAAGCAACCACACGCUAACAGCAGCAGGCGUGUCGCUGACUGACGCAGUGGCAGUGGCAGUGGCACCAUCCCUACCAGAUUCCUUCUCAAGCACUCGUCAAUGGGAUGUUUUAUAUAUGAGGAUGCUCAGUCAUCCUCGCCUCCACGGCUUCAACAAACAACACCGCCACCACAGCGCAGCAUUCACUCCCGAGCAUCACCGGGGCGGGCUGCGACUGCGAGCGAUCGAUCUCGCUUAACCAACCACCAUGGGCGCGCCAGGCGCAGCUCCCCUAGCAGGCAACAGCUUCGUCAUCCUCUCCGUCGCCGUCGUCGGCAUCCUCGCCACCAGCCUCCUCCUCCUCGCCUACUACCUCUUCCUCACCCGGUGCGGCCUCGCCUCCUGGCGCCGCGACCACGACGACGUCGUCACGACCACGCAGCAUCACCACCAUAUCGUCUACUCCACAGCACCAGAGCCGAGCCGCGGCCUGGAGGAGGCGGCGAUACGCCGGAUACCCACGCUCCGGUACCGGGAGUCCAAGCAGCUGCAGGCACCGCAGGCCCAGGCGGCGAGCGAGUGCGCGGUGUGCCUCAGCGAGUUCCAGGAGGGGGAGAGGCUCCGGCUGCUGCCGCCCUGCCUCCACCUCUUCCACACCGACUGCAUCGACGCCUGGCUCCACGCCACCGCCAACUGCCCGCUCUGCAGGACCGCCAUCUCCGGCUCCGCCUGCCAGCCCCAGCCCCACGUUAUACUUAACCAAAUCGACAUCGUCAACGUCCUCCAAGCCGACCACGUAGUCAUCGACAUCGCCUCGCCGUCCCGGGGAGAAACGAGCAACGUCGCUGGCGUACCUGCGACGAUAGUGAGCAUGGGAGACGAGCGCAUUGACCCGAGGAGGGACGAGUUGUUGGACGUGCAGCAGCCGAUGAGAAGGUCGUUGUCCAUGGACUCCUGCAACGACAAGCACUUGUACCUCGCCCUGCAGAAGGUCCUGCGCCACCACCACUCUCACUCUGCUUCUCUCGGGGAGGACCGCAAGGGGGAGAGCAGCACCCCCGCCGCCGCAGCCAGCAGCCGGGCAGCAGGGAGGUUGCGGCGAUCCUUCCUCUCCUUCAGCCACAGCCGGAGCUCCAGAAGUGCCAUCUUGCCAAUCUGAAACUAUUGUUCGUGGUACUAAACUGUACAUUUCUUGUAGCUAGACUAGAUGAUGAACUCCACUCGAGUAAUACGACUUCAUUUCUUUGUUUUCUGUUUUCA